AUGUCGUCCAUCGUCCACUUCAGCGGCCACCAACACUUCAGAAGCCGUCUGGUCUUGUCAAUUCUCAGUGGUAAACAUGUACGCAUCGACAAAAUUCGAUCCGAAGACAAGAAUCCUGGUCUAAGAGACUACGAGAUUAGUCUCCUCCGAUUGCUCGAGAAGGUCACAAAUGGCACUGUUAUUGAGAUUUCAGUGACUGGCACUGCCAUUCUAUUAAAACCUGGCAUCAUCCUUGGAGGACCGCUACAACACGAUUGCCCUCUUUCACGAGCUGUUGGAUACUUCCUUGAGCCUGUCAUCAAGCUCGCGCCAUUCGCAAAGCACCCUGUCAAUCUGACUCUGAAGGGAAUUACAACAGACGAGCAUGAUCUUUCUGGCGACAUCCUGCGCACAGUAACAUUACCUCAUCUACAACUAUUUGGCAUCUCAGAAGGACUGGAGCUACGAAUUAAGAGACGAGGUGCAGCACCGGGAGGUGGUGGCGAAAUCCAGUUCUUGUGUCCAAUAGUGAAGCAAGUGAAGACCCUCAACUUCGUUGAGCCGGGAAAGAUCAAGCGUAUUCGGGGCGUCGCGCAUGCCGUCCGAGUCAACCCUCAAUUCUCAAAUCGAAUGAUCGAAGCUUCGCGGUCGGUUUUGAAUCGAUAUAUCCCCGACAUAUACCUCUACUCGGACGUGUAUAAAGGAGAUGAAAGCGGAAAGUCGCCGGGCUACGCGCUAUCAAUUCUCGCAGAGUCCACAACCUCCGCAAUCUACUGUGCUGAAGCCAUUUCUGAACCUGGAAUUGCCCCAGAAGACAUUGGGCUCAAGGCGACGCGUGCGCUACUAGCAGGGAUUGAGAAAGGCGGUUGUGUGGACCAAAGACAUCAAACACUUGUCUUGUUGAUGAUGGCCCUAGGCAGCGAAGACGUUGGUCGUUGUCGAAUGGGAGACCCUACCCCCAAGACAAUACAAUUCUUGCGGGACGUCAGGUCAUUUUUCGGGACCUCUUUCAAGAUCGUCCCAACAGAUCCAUCAGACCCAGAGUGCUCGCAGCUCCUCUAUUCUUGUUAUGGAACUGGCUACGUUAAUGCGAACCGCUCAUUAGCAUAA